AUGACACCUAAGCUGGCAAUGUAUCUUGGACAGCGUGUCCGAAUCAGCGCAUUCCAAUGUUUGCAACUCCCAUUGACUCGCAGUAUCUCGACACAAGGCCGCAACAGACAUAGUACCACCGCCAGUCAUGACACGCAAUUUACAGUCCAGGAUCCGAUGACUGGAGCGGGACUGCCGUCAGCAAGACCAUCACACCGGCCAUUGAAGAGUCUUCCGCUACCUGCCUUGCUGAGGACGAUCUUUCUGGGUCAAUUAUUUGCCAGUCCGGCCCUCUCAAAUCUGGGAAUGGGCAUGCUAAGCCGCCUCGCAAGUACACGCAGCGCUUUGCUCGAUCCCGACAGGAACGUUAUUCUCAAUAAAGUGCUACGAGCAUUGGUGUACAACCACUUCUGUGCAGGCAAUGAACAGCGGGAAAUCGUGCCGGUCUUGAAUCGUCUCAAGGCGUCCGGAUAUGCUGGAGUGAUCCUCCAAUAUGCUCGCGAGAUUGUUGCUCAUGGUGCUGCCGAAAGCUCGAAGGUCGAUCUGUCUUCCAAACAUAUUCAAAUGUGGCUGGAAGGCAACCUCAAGACUCUGUCGUGCCUCAGCAAAGGUGACUACAUGGGCAUGAAAUAUACCGGGGCUGGCCAAAGCAUAGCCGAAGCCUUGAAAGCGGGCGACGAACCUCCAGCGGAAUUCAGUGCUGCUCUGCACAAGAUAAUGAGAACAGCCCAGGAACAAGGCACACGGAUCUUCCUCGAUGCAGAGCAGCAAGUGUUCCAGACCACGAUCGAUCGCUGGACGGUCGACCUGAUGCGACAAUACAAUGUCAAUGGCGAAGUGCUCGUGCUCAACACGUACCAAGCAUACCUAAAAGCAACUCGAGGCAUUAUUCGUGAUCAUUUGAAGCUCGCACAACAGGAGGGUUGGGCAUUGGGAGUGAAGCUCGUACGAGGGGCUUACAUUCUGCACGACAUUCGGUCACGUAUUCACAAUACGAAAGCCGAUACAGAUGCCUCGUACAAUGGAAUUGCGCAGUCACUACUCACCCGAUCUUACGACGAUAUCGGACCUGGGAACUUCCCUAAAGUCCGCACAUUUCUGGCUGGGCACAACGCAGAAUCAAUUCAAAGAGCCGCGAAACUCCACAAAAGUCUCGUUCUGCAAGGACACAAGCCGGACACCCUGGAAUUCGGCCAACUAUAUGGAAUGGCAGAUCACGUCAGUGGAGAACUACUAUUGCGCGUCGAAGUCGCGAGGGAGGCCGCGAAACAUUUGACCGGUGAGGAGGCGGAAACGCAGAAGCAAGUCGCACCGCGAGUCUUCAAGUGUGUGCACUGGGGAUCCGUGCGAGAAUGUCUACACUUCUUGACACGAAGGGCCGCGGAGAAUCAGGGUUCGUCGGACAGGCUGCGGGAUGGUCUGCUGGAAGCCAGACGAGAGCUCUGGGCACGGCUGCGUGCGAAUUAG